GCUCACCGCACCUUCUCUUCCUCUGCACCCAAAGCGAGACAAUUCCCAGCUCCGAAACCCUAACUUCUCCGUCCACCCACCAAAGUCGCCCACACAGUUUAAGAUGAAGAUGCAGUUGAAUUUGAAGUCGAAGGUGAAACUAUGUCCAUCGCUCAACUGAUACUCGCCCGCCCCCGCCCCCGCCCCCACUGGGAGGAACACACGCUAACGCUCUAAUUGCAUCUCUUAGGUUUUGUUUACCCUUCUGCAUACACUACUGAGUCCCCACUGUCUUCAGAUCCACUCCCAAUCGAGAGGGGACGGGAUAGAUAUAUAUACUGGAAUAGAAAUACAAGAAUUUUAUGGGGAAAAAGAAGAAGAGAGGUGCGCUCGAUAAGGUUUGGUGCUAUUACUGCGAUCGGGAGUUUGAAGACGAGAAGAUAUUGGUGCAGCACCAGAAGGCCAAGCACUUCAAGUGCCAUGUUUGCCACAAGAAGCUCUCCACUGCUGGCGGCAUGGCUAUUCAUGUCCUCCAGGUCCACAAGGAACAAGUCUCCAAGGUUCCUAAUGCCAAGCCUGGAAGGGAAUCAACUGAGAUUGAAAUUUAUGGAAUGCAAGGAAUCCCCCCUGAGGCCCUGGCUGCACACUAUGGAGAGGAAGAGGAAGAGGCUCCUUCGAAAACGGCUAAAGUUGAUCUUCCACCAUCCCAACUUGUUAGUGGUGUGAUCCCUGGAUCUGUAGGGGUUGGAUAUCCUCCCCAGUCUGCUCCAACUUUGGGAUCAGUUCCUCCAGUUUAUCCUAGAAUACCUGUCCCUCCAACUGGCUGGCAAGUUCCACCUCCCCCACAACCAUGGUAUCCUCAGCAUACUGCUGUUUCAGUUCCACCUCCUGCACCAGCAGGGUUACCUCAACAACCUUUGUUUCCUAUACAUAAUCUCCGAACUCCUGUGCCACCGGCAGCACCACCUGUGGUUCAGCCAUCAUUGCCAAUCACUCCUCCAGGGAUGCCUGCUGCACCAACUCCUGUUUCUGUUUCUCAACCCUUAUUUCCUGUUGUUCCUAGCAGCAAUAUUCCUACCCAAAACUUACCUUUUUCUACUCCUAUGCCUUCAAUGAACUCUUCUAUAGACAAGAAUGUGGAGCCUUCCUUUGCUGGUAGUUUGGCAACCGUAGCAUCUGUAAAUUCACAUUCUUAUGCUUCUGGCCCAAAUACAACCGGUCCUUCUAUUGGCCCACCACCUAUAAUUGCAAAUAAGCCCCCAGCUAUUCAACCUGCAGCAAAUGAGGUCUACCUAGUGUGGGAUGAUGAGGCUAUGUCCAUGGAGGAAAGAAGAAUGUCCGCAUUGAAGUAUCAGGUGCAUGACGAGAAUAGCCAGGUAAGUCGUAAUGGCCUAGUAAGAAAACUAUUCUUCACCAUGGAUAUUGGGUUGACUUCAACUAUCCAGGUGCUAGCUUUGCGUUUUGCUCUCUUUGAUUCAUUGAUAUGAAGAAGGUAUUUAUUUCUAUGUGCAUGAUUCUCUUGUUGAGGUAGAGGGGUCAGGUCACUGCAAAAAAUGUAUGUAGGCAGUCAUUUAUAUUAUUACUUCUUCUUCAACCCCAAUACUGUGACGGCCUGAUCCACUUUUACGGCCACCCUCGGGUUGGCUUGCUUGCAAUGCCCAUGCCCCACCCACCCCACUGAUUUGUGAUUUGGACUACAAUGGUCGGAAGUGCGAUUGGUAAUUUUGUUCUUGGUCACCCUUAGUAAUUUAGUUGCAACUGGCUUGCUGCAACCUCACAUGGAGCGGAGCCUCCUCCAUCUGUAGCUUCCAUGCAAGGAGUGUAUGUAUUUACUUUUUGGAAACUUUGAUCUGUUCAAUUUCAUAAAUUUAUGCGUGUGCUUGAUUGAUUGAUUGAUAACCAAAGUGUUUUGACUCGGGUGGAGCAAUCAGAAUUUUGCCCAUUGGGUAUCUUCAUACACAAUGUUUUAUUUAGAUGGGGAGUCAAUUCAAUGGUCCAGGUCAGCUUCUUCUGCAAUGAUUGUAAUGAUAUGAUAUAUGAUGUUUUUAUACCGAGCAUCAUUAAAGCUGCAGACGAUGGCAGCUGAAUGAUGAGAUUGGAUUAUUCUGCUUCAUUUACAUACACGCUACUACUACUACUACACGUACAUCAUUUACGCGGUGGUAGUAAUAAUACUAAUUAAUAACAAUAAUACUCUCUCCUCUUAAUGAAUGAUAUGAUAUGAUCUAAUCCUUUCCUUUCCUGACGCCAAGUUGUCGUCUGUUUCAGAUGAGCUCCAUCGAUGCUGCCAUUGACAAAAGGAUCUCAGAGAGCAGGCUGGCUGGUCGCAUGGCCUUCUGAGGACGCCUGCCUGAGAUUGGGGUUGGAGCUGCCUGCUGUUCUGAUCAACCAAGUGGCUGGCUGUGUCCUAACUAGUGCUGGUGCUGGUGCUGGUGCGUUCUUGACUGCUUGCUGCCUACCUGCCAUUUUUCAUUUUCAUUUUCAUUUCCAUUUUCAUUUUAAUUUUUAUGUGUUGUAUUCUUUCGGGAGAAGGCUCUAUUACACCUUGACAGAUUGUGGGCAAAAUAGUUUCUUUCUUUUCUGUUCUGUUCA